AUGAAUAGCUUAAUCAAAAAGCUGGGCACUUUGUUUUCCAUGAAGGAUUUGGGUCCAUUACAUUAUUUUCUUGGAGUUGAAGUCAAAUAUGUGGAUGAUAAGAUGCAUUUGAGUCAAGCUAAGUAUGCCUUGGAUUUGUUGCAGCGUACCAAAUUCGUGGAUGCCAAACCAAUUUCAACUCCAGUUUCUUGUGGCCAGAAAUUGAGUGCUUAUGAUGGUGAGGCACAUGACAGUCCAGACUUAUAUCGAAGUGUUGUUGGCGCACUACAAUAUCUUACCAUCACCAGACCCGAUCUUUCGUACGCUGUGAACCAGGUUUGUCAGUUCAUGCACUCUCCAAAGACUACACAUUGGACGGCAGUCAAGAGGAUCCUUCGUUAUGUUAAGGCCACGUACAAUCAUGGUCUUCUGUACAAACCUGGUGAUACACAUCUCACGGCAUUUUCAAAUGCUGAUUAUGCUGGGAAUCCUGACACUCGGCAUUCCACUGGCGGUUUCUGCAUUUACUUAGGCUCCAAUCUUGUGUCCUGGAGUUCUAAGAAACAAAAAACGGUGUCUCGCUCGAGUUCGGAAGCUGAGUAUAGGCAGCUGGCUUACACCGCUGCAGAACUAUCAUGGCUGCGGUCACUUUUUCGUGAUUUGCAGCUCCAUCUUGUAUGUCCAACGAUUUGGUGUGACAAUAUCUCGUCUAUUGCCUUAGCUUCGAAUCCCGUGUUUCAUUCGAGAACGAAGCAUUUGGAAGUUGAUUAUCAUUAUGUUCGUGAGAAGGUGGUUCGUGGUCAGCUAAUGGUGAAUUAUAUUUGUUCCCAAGAUCAGACAGCUGAUUUGUUCACUAAAGGCUUGUCUACGACGCGUUUCAAACUUCUAGUCUCCAAGCUUCCAGUUGUAUCUCCUCCUGUCAGCUUGCGGGGGGAUGUUAGACCAAGUCAUAGUCCGCGUGUCGUCUCAAGAGUUCGUGAUCAAGUUAAACGUUUAUCCACCAAGAGUUAG